UCGCUGAGAGCCAGUGGCAGCGGGGCCGACUCCUCUUCUCAGCCGCAGCGACCGGGACCCCGAGCCGGGUAAUGCCCCGCCAUGUUCGACCUUAAUAACGGCUGGAACCUGUCUUUCGCCGGCUGCGGCUUCCUGGGGAUUUACCACAUCGGAGUUGCCAGUUGCCUGCUGGAGAAAGCGCCCUACCUCGUCAGAGGGGCCACCAGGCUGUACGGAGCUUCGGCCGGUGCUCUGACCGCCUCGGUGCUCGCCAGCCAGGCAGCGAUAACGAAAUGCUGUGAAGAUGUGCUUGAGGUGGCGAAGGAGGCCAGGAAGAGAAACCUGGGCCCACUUCACCCAACCUUCAACCUGGUGAAGGUGAUAAGGUCCGGCUUGACUCGCGACCUGCCCUCAGAUGCACAUGUCCUGGCCUCGGGGCGGCUCUGUGUUUCUCUGACCAGGGUGUCUGAUGGGGAGAACGUGUUGGUGUCGGAGUUCAGCUCCAAAGAGGAGCUCAUCCAGGCGCUGAUCUGCAGUUGCUUCAUUCCCAUCUACUGUGGGCUCAUUCCUCCAUCCUUCAGAGGAGUGCGGUAUGUGGAUGGUGGGAUUAGUGACAACCUGCCACAGUCGGAGCUGAAGAACACCAUCACCAUCUCGCCUUUCUGUGGCGAAAGCGACAUCUGUCCCCGGGACAACUCCACCAGCUUCCACGAGCUGCGUUUCACCAACACCAGCAUCCAGAUCAACCUGGGCAACAUGUACCGCCUCAGCAGAGCACUGUUUCCACCAGAACCCAAGGUUCUGGCUGAGAUGUGUCAGAGCGGUUAUAAAGAUGCUCUACGCUUCCUUGAAGAAAACAACCUGCUGAUGCUGCAGCAUCCAACCUCCGGCCCGGCCCUGCCUGACAGCCCCGCCAGCUGCUGCUGCAAGCAAACCGAAACAACCAAAGAGUGGGUGCUCCGGAGGCUCCUCCUGCUGCGGAAACAGCACUGGUGGCUGGAUGAGCAGCUCGCUCUGCCCACGCCGAUUAAGAAAGUAUUCUGCGAGGCUUGCCAAGAUAAGCCUGGCCUCUACGCCAAGGUGUCUGAGAUGCUGCCAGUGAGAGUGGCUUCCUACAUGCUCAUGCCCUACACUCUUCCUGUGCAGUCAGCCUACUCGGUGGCCCAGAGGUUUGUGGAGUGGAUCCCAGAGGUGCCAGCUGAUGUGCGCUGGCUGUUCGGCGUGGCAGGUGACGUGUAUCGGCAGGCCUGGAAAGGAGAAUCAGCACGCUCUAUCAGUGAGCCGUACCUGAGGAAAUGCUUGAGCGUGCCGCCUCUACCUUCAGAGUGUGACAGCCCCACGCAGAGAGACAUCCUGCCUGCUCUUUCCUCCCUCGAUCUCCACGGAAACUACUGGGAGAUUCCCAAAUCUACCUCCUCCUCCUCACCCCACCCUCCUCUCAUCGCCCCCUCCUCGCCACAACAAGUCUGCUUCAUUGUCGGCUCGGAGGACGAACCACAGCCACGCUGUGCACCGCAGUAAAACGAUCCAGGACCUGAACUUUAACAGCGAUGUGAUCCCAUUUUAACUCCAUGGGUGACAUGUGGCUGGACUGAGGAGUGGUAAAAACACUAAAAAAAAAUGUGUUUGCCACAUUGACUUUGAACACUCCAGGCAGCACUAAAUGUAUGACUUUUUUUUCAGGAGUGAUGUGGAGGCUGGAAGCGUUGCAACUCACUCAGGAUUGUAGAUAACCUGUUUUAAUGCACAGCAGAGAAAUGCGUCUGACUACAACCCUACCGACCCCUUAGUUUUAAAUAUACUCAUAAGUAGCUUUUAUUCCAAGACACUUCAGUUAUUUAUCAUUUCUCUGUCUCUACAAAUGGCUCUGUCUCUGCCUUUGGUUAUGUUGGUGGAUUUUUACAGCUGUGUGACGUCUCUGCUUCCUUGCAGCUUCUGAAGGAACAAAACAGACGUCUAGAGUGACUUACUGAUGACCUGGCUGAAUUGUUGGCUUUUGUAACCUGUCUGGUAGCUUAUAUUCCUUAACCUGUCAGGUUAUUGUUAUGUUCUUAGAUGUCAGACUUUCCUUUGCUCUAAUUACUUGCUGAGCUCGGACUGUCAUGGCUGCUGUACCUCCCACAUGGUCAGGGCAGAUGGCCGCCCUCCUCGAGUCUGGUGCUGCUGGAGUUUUUAUUUCUGUUAAAAGGGAGUUUUUAUUUCUUCCCACUGUCACCAAGUGCUGCUCAGGAAGAUUUGUUGGCUUUCUCUCUUUAAUAUUUUAAGGUCUUCACCUUAUCAUGUUGAGUGCCAUGAAACAAUAUACACAUAGAAUUAAAUGCAAGUAAAUUAAGCACUUUCAGCAAGAGGAGGAUACCAGGAUGUAAAUGCUUUGCCAAGUAGUUCAAGAAGGAGGAGCUGUCUGGUUUGACAGCGUUAUGACACAUUACAAGACCAAGCCAGUGUUCUGAAGGUCAUUUUUGGGGGGAGAAAAAUGCAGUUAUCAAGCUGAGUACAUACCUUAAAGGAGAGCAUCACCACCUCAUUAUGACUGAAGUUAAAGCCAACUUAUUGGCAUGCAGUUCAUUUCACUGACAUUCUUUCAGCUUCAGCUGAGAUGAUGCAACAGUUCAUUGUGUAUCAGUAGACAAGACAAAUCUAGACAGGACAAACAACCUUGGUUCACUUUGCUCAUUAGCCACUAACAUUAUUUAAACAAUCCUCAGCUGCAGGUCAGUCCAGCCUGUUUUCUACAGCCAGCAGCUGACCUGUGUCACUGCUACCAGGUGGCUACUGGUAGGUUUUUGACACAACUGCAGAGCCUCUGUGUUGGUCAUUGUUCUGACUUCAUUUGCCAAAUGAAGUCACCGACUGUGCGACCAGUGUUUUAGAAUAUCAGUGUUAUCAGUGGAUACAGUGAAAUAUGCACACAGUCUGCAAGGCAGAGUGGCUGGGUUACUGACGACUGGCUCAGUAAACCCAAACUUUUGCACAUGCCACCAUUACUGUUUAAUACGUUUCUUUUUUCUUUUUUUAAAAAAAAAAGGACACUGCAAUAGGCUUUGAAGACCUUCAACUUCUAAAUCUGUCUUGUGUCACUGAUCACUUGGAUGUAUAGAUAUGUUCAUACACUGUAUUACUGUGAGAUUAAACAAUUUAAAAUGAA